AUGCCUGGCCCCAAGCAGAAGCUGCCUGUUAUUGACCAAUUCUUUCUGGUUAUGGUGCGUCUUCGACUUGAACUUGGAGAAUUGGAUUUGUCUCAUCGAUUCGCCAUUUCUCUGGCCAGUGUUUCUCCGAUAUUUGCCACAUGGAUCAACCUCAUGUACUUCAAGUUUCAACAACUCCCAAUCUGGCUCUCUCGGAAGAAAGUCGACAAAUUGAUGCCGCCAUGCUUCAAGCUGUUCUAUCCAUCUACCCAUAUUGUUAUUGAUUGCACAGAAUUUUACAUCAACACACCCGCUUCGUUGGCCCGUCAGUCAGCAUCCUGGUCUGCAUAUAAGAAUCACAAUAUGGUGAAAUUUCUUAUUGGUAUUGCACCACAUGGCCACGCCACUUUUGUAUCUGAUGUGUUGGAAGGUGCGGUGUCAGAUCAGUCCAUCACAGAGCAGUCUGGUCUUCUCUCCCUUCUUCAGCGUGGUGAUUCAGUGAUGGCUGAUAAGGGAUUUUAUAUACAGGACAUGUUGGUCAGUGUGGGUGUACGUCUUAAUAUUCCCCCUUUCAAGGUUGGUGAGCGACAGAUGCUGCCAGAGGAUUUGCACAAAACAAAGAAAAUAGCGGCUGUUUGUAUCCACGUCGAAAGGAAAAUGCACCGCAUCAAACUAUUCAAGAUCCUGUCAGGUGAAAUUGAUGCAACGUUUUUUGAUUUAUUACAACAAACAAUAGUUGGAUGUGUUAUGCUCACCAAUUUCGAGCCCCCUCUGUUUGCUUGA